CUCCGCGGCCUAGCGGGCGCGGGUGCUGGGAGAAGCCUGCCUGGAGCCGACUCCUCUAUUGAGGCCCCCCAAACGGAGCCCCACCCCGACCUUCCCCCAGCAUGAACGGCCGGGCUAGCUUGAGCGGCAAGCCCUACAGCGCGGGGGUGCGCAUCGCCAACUGGAACGAGGACGCGUACUUAGAGGAGGACCUCUUGAAAGAUUUUUUGUAUAAAAGAGAAAAAGGAGAACUUCUAAUACAGAAAUCAAGGAGACUUAAAAAUAAUCUUUUAAAGCAGAUGCAACUAUCAGUUUCGAAAGAUGGAUUUGUUCACUUUGGAGACAUUGUGAUGCUUUUGAGCCCUGAAAACAAUAAAUCACCUAUGGAGAAUUACCCUGCAGUGCGUGGCAAUCUAACUUUGGCUGUUACUCCAGAUGAUAUAACAGUACAUAUGUCUGAGUCAUUGCAAGUCCCCUGUGGAGUGAGUGCAGUGAAAAGCGUGAACCCUGUUGGUCGAAAUGCAUUUCGUAUCCUAAGUGUUGAAGGAAAUUCUAUGGGUGAACCCAUUAGAUUUGGACAGAAUUUUGGUCUUGGGGCAACAGGUGGUUUUACCGAUCAAAUGUUAUAUCUUGCAAGUGACCAUAAAUCAUUUACGAGAUUUGCUAAAAAAUCAUACCUUCAGCAAGUGUUUUUGACAGAUGAGCUCUCCUAUCUGACAUGCUGGCAAGCUACCUUUUUGGAUCCACAGCUGCGUCUUGAAUAUGAAGGAUUUCCAGUUCCUGCAAACACUAAAGUCCUUAUCACUCAUUGCCAUACAAAUAGAGGUUUAGCAGUUCCUAGGAACUAUUGGAUAAGGUCAUACUUUGGAAAGGAAUAUGAAGUCAUCUGUCACACCUAUCUGGAUUCCCAUAAAGCUGAAGAAGAUAAGAAUUACUGGAUAAUAGUAACUGCGAAUCCCAGUGAUGAUGGAAAUACUGUGUUUGACAGACCUAAGCCUCCCUCAGAGGAGACCAGAGAGAGAGAGAAGAAUGAACUUUAUGCAGGAACAUAGAAUGUAAUAGUCCAAGGUCAAAAAUUUUCAUUUUAUUUAUGCUUUUACAAAAUGAAAAUUCUAAUUUUGAUGAUAAUUAGAGCUUUGAGUGCACUUCACACUUUCUCUAUUCACAUUUUAUUUUUAACCCUAGAUUCAUUUAUUUUAUAAGUAGUUAUGAAAAUCUGCCAUUAAUUACACUGGGAAGCCCCACUGAAGUCAGGGUUUCACUUAAAUGUAACUGAGGACAGAAUUUGGUCAAUAAAAUUGGUGAUCCAUGUACAAGCUCAGCUCUAGGAGUUCUCUUAACCAAGCAAGGCUUGAUUUUCCCAUUUUGACAUUCACUGAUGGUAACAGAUGUGUCAGAAAUUAGUAACACUAAUGGAUUUUCCUCAGCAGUCCUAAGAACUUAUUUAACUACUACUUUCAAAAUAAGCCACUGUCUCUUUUUUAAGGAUAAUGGAUAUAUGGUAGUUUCCAAAACAUUAAAAGCCAAAGGCAUGCCAUCUUAUCAUUGGAAUCUUCGGCACUUAGAGACCACCUCAGAGAACCUUAUGUCAAUUGAACUCACAUUUUCCUCUGGCUAGCACAGCAUUGCCAAGUGUUCAAAAAUCAUAAAUCAGGCGUCAAAAUCAUAAGAUUGGCUUACAGAUUGUGACUUCUAAAAAAAAUAGUAAUUUGGGGAUUCUUUAAUUUGCCUUUUCGAUUUUGAGUCUUUAGGAAUCAUGUAUUCAAGCUUUUCUUCAGAAUUACAAGGCUGGGAUGGAAGAGCAGCAGCAUUGUGAUAGGCUAUUGGUGUACAACAAGGGAAGGAAAUUUUUGGCCAAAACGAACCAAGACAAAUCUCCAUUCUUAUAAAAAUGGUGAGGAAUCUUUAAUGUCCAAGCAAUUCAGACAAGACCUUGGUUUUAAAAGUCUUACCAAAAUAAGUUUCAAGGAACUCUGCAAGGGCUGAUUUGACCCUGUCAUAAUUUCAAGCUGUAUUUCUAGAGUCUGUCUGAUUCAAACCCAGUGCCUAGGACUUUUGAACCACUGUCUGCAUCCAAUAUAAAAUGAUCAAAUUCUUCUUCCUGGAGAACAAGAAAUAAAGCCAAAAAUUUAUGAAACUAAGAAAAACUGAUUACCCAUUUACUUGCUGCAAAGCUGAAAAACUACUGAUGCUUGUGUACAAAUCUAUUGGUCUACAGUACCCAGUGAGUUUCUCUGUUUAUAUACAGUAGUUAAUUCCAGUCCUUGGAGGUACAGUGAUAACUUUAAAAAGAAAGUACACAAAAAUAAGCACCGACUGAAUGGGUUGUCUUCUGUGUAACUUUUUUGGAUGUUCUCUUGCUGCCACAAUAAGCCAAAUAUAUUGUUCAUAGAAUUGUCCUUUGCCCUUUUCCCAUGACCAUGCCAGAUGGCAGAUGGUAAACAAACAGAUCUGGCUGCUCUGGUGGUUUAGUGGUCACAAUGUACGUGGUUAAUGGGCCUCUAAAUUCUCCUGCCUCCUUAAUCAAUCUAGAGUUGUUGCUUGCAGUGCUUACAAAUGCUAAAAAUUAAAGCAUCUUACUGUUUGCAAUUAUAAUCCAAAACCGUAACCUAUUUUAACAUAAUAUAUUGUUAGACAAAGAAAAACAAGUGCUUUAUUACAGGGAAGAAUUUGAAUUUCACAAGGCAUAAACCAGUCGCAUACAUUUUUUACCUUGGCUAUAACUAUUCGCAGAUGAAUCCACUACAGUCUAACUCAGUAUUUUUAUAAUGUAAUGGCAUCAUGAUAUGUUAUAGUAUAAACAAUUAAUCUCUUUUUAAAAAUCGUAUUUUCUUUUUAAAAUUGAGUUUCUGUAAGAUUUUAGUAUAAUCAUACAGUUCUCAACACUGGUCACAAGAUGGCAACCUUUUUUUAAAAAAAGAAAACAGUCCAUCUGAACUGCUUUAAACAUUUUAAUCCAAAUCAUCCCUGAUACAUAAUGCCACAAAACGUAAUCAAGUUACAACAGGCUUGAAUUAAGGCCAUUAGGUGUUUCCAGAGUGUUGUCCUGUUUUUAGAACAUGAAAUUUAAUUUUUAGGAAGCAAAACUAGGCAUAAGGACACUUGAAACCACUCAUAUGAAGUCAGUUUCUGAAAGACAGCUAACAGGAAUGGAAAACAAUUAAGAACUAAGACAAGUUUAUAGGAAAGAAUAUCUUUAGAACCUGUUUCCUUUAUUUUCUAAACAUAGAAGCAAGUACUCCUAGCUGCAAUAUGUGAUAGACAGCAUAAACUAUUUUAGGGCUACUGUACUACCUACUCUGUAUACAGCAAUCUUAGUUCUAGAGAGAGAUUUGAGGAUUUUUUUAAAUCUUCAGAUUUUUCCAAUAAAACUCUAUAAUCCUACUUAGAAUAGGUAUUUUUAUAUCUGAUACACUUGGAAAACUCAGUGUUCAAUAACACACACACUUGUAUUUUGACCGCUGUGGUGGUGAAUAUAUAGGGCUCUAAUUAAAAAUGUUAUAUUCCUCAAUAUGGACUCAAAAUCUGAACAAGUGUGGUGUAGACUUCUUUGCAUGAUGGUGGGCUUGUUUCUUCAUGCACACUUGGCAUAUAUAAUUAACAUUCUGGCUUCUUUUUGUGCAGAGGGAGGGAAGGAGAGUUACCUGCUGACCCCAUGCUGCAGAAAACUAGCUGGUUAGAUUCUUCCAAGGGAAGAUUAUUUAUUUAAUUCUGAGGGUUGAGUCUUUUGUUUUUUAACUGCAACCAGGGCCAAUCAGAGGGGGGGCCAGGAGGGCCAUUUGGCCUGGGCCUCAAGCACAAAGGGAGCCUCAAAUUUAGACAGUUGUUAAUUUUUUGGCAUUUGAUGAGUUUCACAACUUAUUUUUAUGUGCAUCCCUAUAGGACCAAAAUGUGACACACACUCUCAGCCUAGAGCAGCAAAUUUAAGCAAAUAAGAGAGGUGAUUUGGUUUUUUGUUGACAGAUAUAGAUUGUCAUAUUAAAGAGUUAAAAAUAUUCAUAAAUAUUAAUAAAAAUAUAUCCGUUCUGAUGGUGCAAGAUUAGACUAUGAUGAAUGUGUCCUCUCAGAUCAGGUGAUUAUAUAAACAAACCACUACUAGUGGCUGGUGCUGGAUCAGGUGCAUGUUGAAAGAUUGAGAAUUGUUACAUUUUAGUGUCUUUAUAGUUUUAAGUCUAGUUGACUAAGGAAUUAUUUAUGUAUGCUAAUUCCUCAUUAUUAUUUUCAUAUGGUAGCUAAAAAAGGUGACUAGUUGGUGAGCCCUAGCUUGGCCAUCAUCAUACACGUUCAUAGUUUAUAGGCCCAGAUUCAAGGUGAAAAUUUGUGAGGACAAUCUUAUACAGUGACUUUUGUGAGGACACGUUUGAAAUUUUUGGACAUUAUCCCUCUGUCUGUAUCCAUGUCUGUGUUUACUACAGGGGUCGGCAGUCUUUCAGAAGUGGUGUGCCAAGUCUUCACUUAUUCACUCUAAUUUAAGUUUUCUUGUGCCAGUA